CCCGUUCAAAUUAUGGUAGUAAUGAGUGGCGUAAUGCGUUGAGUAAAUACAGUGAUCGUUCACAUGAUAGCAGUCAUGAGUGGAAAGAUACACAAGCAACUGGUGAUGAUCUAGCGUCGCAUAACGACCAUGCGUGGCGUCGUGCAGCAAUUCAAGAUCGACAUACAGCAUAUGACGCUUCGAGAGCACAAAAUGAUGCCCAGUCGUUUCAAGAAUUAAGACAGAAAACUUUCGAUUUCUAUACAAAUAAUCGUCAAUUUAUUGACUUUACAGGUGAAAAAUUCAUAGUUAAACCAGUUAAAGCCUAUAAAUUGAAUUUGGCUACAUUUCAAGAGAAUACAAAAUUUGUACACAAGAGUAUCGUUGUAUCACGUGUCGGCUCGAUACAUACCGUACCGAUUCGGAUUUAG